AUGCUGUUUUCAGGCCUCGAAAACGUAACUUUGUCAGCAAAACCAGCAGUAGGCGUACCAGAUUUUCAGCAAAGUACAUUCCCCCAACCUAAUCAAACAUCUUUUAAAGAGGAGACAUCUUCGGACGUAUCUCCGGAUGAAAGCUCUGAUGCUGAUAGCAUCCAACCGAUUGAUGAAACCGUGAAUGAGCAUGAAACGCCAUUAAAUUUGAAAUUGAAUCCUCUGACAUAUGAUCUGACUCAAGGUAUCGUCGAACAACAACCGACUUGUAGCAAACUAUUAGAUCUGAAAGAAGUACCGACUGUAGACAUCCGUGCAUCAUAUCACGGUGAAAAUGUAAUAGUUCAGCAUCAGCAACCAACUGAACAAAACGCGGAAGACAAAGUUGACAUCACGCCACCAAAGUGCGACGAUCCGGCUACUGAACAAGCAAGUUCAUCUCGUUUAUCUCCAAAUGUGCUGAAAGAACUUUUGCAACGAACUAUAUACGGAAAACAGCUGCUGCAGACCGCUGAUACGCAUUGCUUGUCGGAUUCAGGAAGGAAGUUAGUCGUAGAUACCGUAGCCAGGUACCAUCUGACUUUGAACCGCAAAACCUCGGCCGAAGCUGUGGAAGAUCUAAGCGAAGUCAUUGUAGGAUUGUUUACGAAGGAAAAAAAGGUAGUGAAUAAUAUGUGCUAGUGCCCGUAUCAUAUAAUAUCUGACAAACACAAACACACCUAAUUUCACCUCAGAAAAUUAAUCAAUAUACAGUGACCAUUUUCGUCAUUGCAUAAUGGUUCAAAUCGACAAUUUAGCAAGAAAAACUGUUUUCUCUUUUCUCGUUGAUUCUAGACUAUGUUGUCCUAAGUGAAGUUAUUCCUAAUUGAGAUUUGUAUCUUCUUAGAAGAAAGUUGAAUAGGCUGGUCCUCAUUAGGUUUUAAUUUUGAAUCACAUU